CUUACUCCCCCCCCUCUUACCCCCCUCCCCCCCUCAUUUGCUACCGGUUCACAGAUCAUGGGAAGCUACACGUUUCGAUGGCCGCACAGUGCCAACGAGGUGUACGUAACCGGCACCUUCGAUGACUGGGCGAAGACCGUCAAGCUGGACCGGACGGGCGACGUUUUCGAGAAGGAGAUCCACCUGCCGUGGAUGACGGAGAAAGUACACUACAAGUUCGUCGUUGACGGCAUCUGGACGACCGAUCCCUCCUCCCCAGAAGAAGACGACGGCAGCAACAACAUCAACAACGUCCUAUACCCUCACCAGAUUCAACCCGAUUCCGCACCUGCCUCGCACCCUGACGCUGCCAUCAUGUCCGGCGUCACCCCAGAGUCGACCACCGCAGGCCUAGCCGGGAAGGUCCCCCGCGAACUGGGCGACACCACCAUCUCGUCCGCUGCCCCGGGUUCCACCACCGCCGGCCUUGCCAGAAAUGUUCCCUACGAACAGAGAUCCACCGUGCCGGGGACCUUCCCGGACACCCCGCGGGACGGCGGCGAUGCGAAGCAGUUCUCCGUCAACCCCAUCCCCGCUUCGAGCGGCUCCGGUAAUCCCAUCCACCUCAAACCCGGCGAGAAGGUGCCCGACCCGAGUACCUUCAACCCCAACACGGUGCAGUCGACCGUCCGCACCGACCCGGCCGCCUACUACCAGGAUGCCUCCGCCCCGCUGACCGGCGGACCGGCCACCUUCGCGGGGGCCUCCACCCUGCCGCCCCCCUCCCAGUCCCAGCACAUGAUCCCAGAGUCGAGUCUUCCCAUGGGGACCGGGAGCCUGGGCUACGACCCGGCCACCAUCCAGUCGGCGGCCCCCGACUCGACCACGGCGGCCCUGGCCGCGGGGGUGCCGCUCGAAUCCCGGCGCCAGACCACCACCGGCGGAGGGCCGGCCCGUGACGUGCCGGACGUGGUACAGCGGUCCAUGAGCGAUGCCCACAAAGACCCCGAGGCGGCGGCCUACGAGGAGGCGGUCGAUGAGAAACGGGAGGUGGAGCAGGAGCUCCAGAGGAAGGUGACCCGGGAGGAGUCCGCGGGGACCCCGGCGCCGACCUUCACGGCGGCCACGUCGGCCACCGCGCCGGGAAAGCGCUCGGGUGAGGCUCCCGACUUGGAGAAGGUGUCGCCGUCUAGCAGUUACCCCGCCGCGGGACCGACCGUCACCAGCGGGCCCCGCACCGAGACGACCCCAGCUGUGUCGCAGCCGUCCCAGGCGGGACCGGCGGGCGCCUCGUCCACGCAGCAGACGGGCCCUUCGGAGCGACUGGGUGGUGCUCAGGCGCAGCAAUCGGUGGGUUCCCAGGCGCAGCAAUCGACGAGCGCUCAGGCGCAGCAACCGAUGGGCUCCCAGGCACAGCAGUCGGUGGGUUCCCAGGCGCAGCAACCGAUGGGUUCUCAGACCCAGCAGCCUAUGGGUAGCCAGGCGCAGCAACAAAUGGGCUCCCAGGCCCAGCAGCCAACGGGUACCCAGGCCCAGCAACCGACAAGUGCCCAGACCCAGCAACCAACAGGUACCCAAGCCCAGCAGUCCACAGGCCAGACCAACCAAGCGGGCGGAGGAACCAACGGGACCACGGGCAAGGACACCGUGCAGCAGGGGGCCAAAGAAGCCAAGAAGAAGCGCGGAUUCUUCAGCAAGCUGAAGGAGAAGUUCAAAUAGCCUGUUCUCAUCCUCACCUUGUUUCUUUCCAUUGUUAAUCCUUGUCUAUACCUUAUGUUUAUGUCUGAUGUUUAUUCUUGUGUGUUUCGGAGGAUAUUGGUUAUGCCAUUGGACGCAGCACUGUUCGU